AUGGCUCAGUCUGUUGUGUCCUCUGUUGCACAAUACAUUGGUGGCCUGCUGGUGCAAGAAGCAGAACUUUUAGGUGGGGUGACCGAUCAGAUUUUGAAGAUCCAAAAUGAAAUGGUGCGGAUGCAGUGCUUCUUAAAAGACGCAGAUGCAAGACAGGAUGAAAGCGCACUUGUUCGUAAUUGGGUUUCAGAAAUCAGAGAGCUUGCAUACGAUGUGGAGGAUACCAUAGACGCCUAUAUUCUCGAAGCAAAGUAUGCAAGCUCCUUCGAUCCAAGAAAAUAUAUACGACUUCACAAAAUUGGGAAAAAGAUCGAAACCCUUCAAUCCAAGAUCCAGGACAUCACUCGCAGUAUACAAUCUUAUGGCUUCAUAAGAACAGCAGGCCAAGGAGAAGAAACGAGCUCUACAACUGUGAAGCAGCAACAGUUGAGACAAUCCUAUCCACACUAUGAUGAUGAAGAUGUUGUCGACAUACAGGACAACAUUAAGUUUUUGGUUGAAGAGUUGAUCAAUAAGGAAGGCCCUCAUCUGGUUUCCAUUGUUGGGAUGGGUGGACUAGGUAAAACUACUAUUGCCAAAAAGGUCUACAAUCAUGAUCAUGUUAAGCUUCAUUUUGAUUGUUGUGCUUGGAGUUUUAUUUCCCAACAAUACCAAGGAAGAACCAUUUUGCUGGGAAUCAUAAGGAAAGUUUGCAAUCUAAAUGAAGAAACGAGACUUGAGACUUUGAAUGAUGGAGAGUUGACAGAGAAACUUUACAAGUUACUGCAAGACAAGUGCUAUCUAGUGGUCCUUGAUGAUAUAUGGAGCAUGGAUGCUUGGAAUUUUCUAAAACCGUCAUUUCCCAAAGGAAAGAAGGGAAGCAAAAUAUUGUUCACCACUAGAAUCAAAGAUGUUGCACUUCAUGCGGAUCGAUUCGGCUUUCUUCAUGAACCUGCCUGUUUAACAGCGGAACUAAGUUGGGUACUGUUCUGUAAGAAAGCAUUUCUUUGGAAGAAUGAUGCUUCAAGUUCUUCUUCCUUGUACCAUCCAGAAGUAGAGAAGAAAGAGAAAUUGGGAAGGGAUAUGAUUGAAAAAUGUGGAGGUCUGCCUCUAGCCAUUGUUGUACUUGGAGGCUUGCUGUCAACGAAGGAGUCAAUUAAUGAAUGGGAGAUGAUCGUUAAAGACAUUGGCAGAUAUUUGAACAAAGCCCAACAAGAACAUCAUGGAGUCUCAUGGAUAUUGUCUUUGAGUUACCAUAAUUUAACUUUUUACUUAAAACCUUGUUUUCUCUACUUAGGUCUCUACCCAGAGGAUGCCGAAGUCCAUAAAAGAGAAUUGAUCCAAAAGUGGAUAGUAGAAGGUUUUAUUCAACAACAUAAUAAUGGACAAGAAACAAUAGAGGAGGAAAUAGGAGACGAAUACUUGGUUGAGCUUAUUAACAGAUCAAUGGUUCAAGUGGGUAGAAGGAGUUUCCGUGGGAAAGUUAAAUAUUGCCGUAUGCACGACUUAAUGCGAGACUUAUGCUUGAAGGAGGCAGAAAAAGAGAAUUUUCUUUGUACUUUUGAUGGUAGAAGCUCCUCAAUAGGAGAUUCUUAUUCUUCUUCUUCUUCUUCUUCCACUUCUCUGGUGACAUCAACCUCUGAUCAUCAAAAAAUGCGGAGACACGCUGUCCACUUCACUUGUGACAGGAGGUAUGUUUCUAUGGAACAAUCCACAAGAAGUACACAUCUUCGUGCCUUCUUCUUAUGGGAAUUGAAGUCAUCAAAUCCAGUUGAAUCCAUUGGGACCUUAAAGUUUGUGUGCAAGAAAUUCAAAUUUCUUAGGGUCCUAGAGCUUCAGGGUAUUAAGAUUGAUAGAUUGCCAAGAGCCAUAGGGAAGUUAAUUCACUUGAGAUACUUGAGUGUGUCAGCGACCAGCAAAAAUAAAGGUUCCACCAACCAUAGGUAA